ACACACAACACGUAUACAAAUGAUAUAAAGUUAUAAACUCAUUUUGCGGGGAGGCUAUUGUUGAACGGUGGGCUAUUUCACCCUCUUUUUAGAGAGAGAAAGCAGAGAGAUAAACGCACACAGCAGCGAAAGAGUUGACAGAUUCACACCGUAUCUGUGUUGAGGAAGCUGAUUAAAGCAUUUCGUUAUGGAAGAGGAGAAUUUCGUGGAGCUUCUCCAAAGGUAUAGGCGGGAUAGACGUAUACUUCUUGAUUUUUUACUUUCAGGUAGCUUAAUCAAGAAAGUUAUUAUGCCACCUGGUGCGAUUUCAUUAGAUGACGUGGAUUUAGAUCAAGUUAGUGUUGAUUAUGUACUCGGCUGUGCUAAGAAAGGUGAAAUGCUUGAACUAUCGGAAGCAAUUAGGGAUUACCAUGACAGUACUUGGCUUCCCCAUAUGAAUAAUGGAGGAUCUGUCGAUGAAUUCUUUUUGGCCACAAAUCUUGAAUCUUCAGGUUCACCUCCUAAAAGGGCACCUCCACCUGUCCCCACUGCGGAAGCACUGCCCAUUUUGCCUAACCUAUCAACGUCUUUGUCCCUUGAUUCAACACAAGAUGAAGAAUUAUCAGGAUUAUCAAAAUCACAAUCUCUGAACUCUACAAAACUUCAAGAACUAACAGUAGACGAUAUUGAGGAUUUUGAGGAUGGUGAUUAUUUAGAUGAAGUUAGUACCCGCAGAUAUUCAAGAAGAGGAUUAAAUGAUGCUUCUGAUGUUACCCUAGGGUUGCCUUCAUUUGCAACAGGUAUAACAGAUGAUGGUCUUCGAGAAACUGCAUAUGAAAUACUCUUGGCUGCUGCAGGAGCUUCUGGGGGACUUAUCGUGCCGUCAAAGGAAAAAAAGAAAGAGAAAAAGUCUAGAUUAAUUAGAAAACUUGGACGUAGUAAAACUGAACAUGUAUCCCAGUCUCAGCAAAUGUCGGGGUUGGUUGGCCUGCUGGAAACAAUGCGCGUGCAGAUGGAGAUUUCUGAGGCUAUGGAUAUCAGAACGAGACAAGGCCUGAUUAAUGCCCUAGCAGGAAAAGUUGGGAAAAGAAUGGACACACUUUUGAUUCCUCUUGAAUUGUUGUGCUGCGUAUCACGUAGCGAGUUUUCUGACAAGAAAGCUUACAUACGAUGGCAAAAUCGACAAUUAAAUAUGCUGGAAGAAGGGCUUGUUAAUCACCCUGCUGUGGGUUUCGGGGAGUCUGCACGCAGAGCAAGUGAAUUGAAAAUCCUUUUGGCUAAGAUUGAAGAAUCUGAGUCACUGCCUCCUUCUACGGGUGAAUUACAACGAACAGAUUGCUUAAGGUCUCUGAGAGAAAUUGCCAUUCCACUUGCAGAGAGGCCGGCCCGGGGUGACUUAACUGGUGAAGUAUGUCACUGGGCAGAUGGUUAUCACCUAAAUGUCAGGCUUUACGAGAAACUGCUUCUAAGUGUCUUUGAUGUUCUAGAUGAGGGGAAGCUUACUGAGGAGGUGGAAGAAAUUCUCGAGCUUUUAAAGUCAACCUGGCGAGUAUUGGGAAUCACGGAGACUAUUCAUUAUACUUGCUAUGCAUGGGUCUUAUUCCAUCAGUUUGCCAUCACUGGUGAGCAAGGGAUUUUGAGGCAUGUCAUCGAGCAGUUAAAUAAAAUACCACUAAAGGAACAACGGGGACCUCAGGAGAGAUUGCACUUAAAAAGCUUGCAAUGCAGAGUUGAAAGUGACCAGAAGUUCUUGGACUUAAGUUUCUUGCAGUCCUUCUUACUUCCCAUUCAGAGAUGGGCCAAUAAGCAGCUAGGAGACUACCAUCUACAUUUUCCCGAGGGGUCAACGAUGAUGGAGAAUGCAGUUGCAUUAGCUAUGGUUGUCCGUAGGCUUCUUCUUGAAGAACCUGAAUUGGAUGGGCAAACUGCACAUUUCACAGACAGAGAUCAGAUAGAGGCUUAUGUUUCGUCUUCCAUUAGAAAUGCAUUUUUGGCUAUAUUGCAUGAUGUAGAAGCAUCUGGUGCAUCUGAGGAACAUCCAUUGGCAUUACUUGCUGAACAAACUAAAAAAUUGUUGAAGAAAGAUGCAAUCAUAUAUAUGCCAAUCCUAUCCCAAAGACAUCCACAAGCACCUGCUGUAUCAGCAUCUAUUCUUCAUAAGCUGUAUGGGAUCAAGUUGAAACCGUUCCUUGAAGGAGUUGAGCAUCUUACCGAGGAUGUUGUUUCUGUAUUUCCUGCUGCUGAUAGUCUUGAGCAGUACGUAAUGGCACUUAUCACUUCUACUUGUGAAGAAGGAACCGCAGACUCUUACUGUAAGAAACUAGCUUUGUACAAGCUUGAAACAAUAUCUGGGACGUUGGUUUUGCGCUGGGUCAACUCUCAACUUGGAAGGAUUUUAAGUUGGGUUGAAAGGGCAAUUCAGCAGGAGCGGUGGGACCCAGUAUCACCUCAGCAGCGGCAUGGCAGCUCAAUUGUUGAGGUUUACAGGAUCGUGGAGGAGACUGUUGAUCAAUUUUUCGCUCUCAAGGUUCCCAUGAGAUUGGGGGAACUUAGUAGCCUGUUUCGGGGUGUUGACAAUGCAUUUCAAGUGUAUGCAAAGCAUGUUACUGACAAGUUGGCUAGAAAAGAGGAUAUCAUUCCCCCUGUACCUAUUCUUACCCGAUAUAGAAAGGAAGUAGCACUGAAGGUUUUUGUAAAGAAGGAACAACAUGAUCCACGGCUCCCUGAUAUGAGGAAGUCAAGUGAAAUUAAUGUCUUGACAACUCCAACACUAUGUGUUCAGCUAAAUACACUUUAUUAUGCCAUUAGCCAGCUAAAUAGGUUGGAAGAUAGCAUUUGGGAGCGAUGGAUGAGAAAAAUGCCUAAUGACAUAUCGAAUAAGAGACAAUCAGGUGAGACCAUAAGAAGGGACACAUUUGAUGGAAGUAGAAAAGAUAUUAACGCGGCAAUUGACCAGAUCUGUGAGUUUACUGGAACCAAGGUCAUUUUUUGGGAUUUGAGGGAGCCUUUUAUUGAGAACUUAUUCAAACCUACUGUUUCCCAAAGUAGGUUGGAGGCUCUUAUCGACCCACUCGAUUUGGUACUUAAUCAAUUGUGUGAUGUCAUUAUGGAACCACUACGGGAUAGGGUUGUGACAGGCCUCCUCCAAGCAUCACUGGAUGGUUUACUCCGAGUAUUACUAGAUGGCGGUCCAUCUCGCAUUUUCUACCCAGCAGAUGCCAAGUUAUUGGAAGAAGAUUUAGAAGUUUUAAAGGAAUUUUUUAUAUCUGGAGGGGAUGGCCUUCCUCGCGGAGUUGUUGAAAAUCAAGUUGCACGUGUUCGACAAGUGAUUAAAUUGCUUGGUUAUGAGACACGUGAGUUGAUCGAUGACUUGAGAUCUGUCAGUGGAUUAGAGACGCAAGGUAGCAGAAGCAAGCUGGGUGCUGAUACAAAAACUUUAUUAAGGGUAUUGUGUCACAGGGGAGAUUCAGAGGCUUCUCAGUUCCUCAAAAAACAAUACAAGAUACCCAAGUCUGCUGCUUAGCCAUCCCUCAGUAUAUAUCUUGAGAUGACAUGAUAAAUUGUAGCUGUAAUAUAACAUUGUCUUGGGAGCAAAGUAGUGUUAUUUAAUUUAAUUCUUGAACCAAAACUUUUUCUUUUACAAAUCAAAGAAACUAUGUUGAAUUUCUAAAACCUACCUUGUACAUAUAUUUUUGUACAUGUGUAUAUUGUAUUUUCUGUUUUCAUAAGAGAAGGUUGGAGGCCUGUUGUUUAA